AUGGGGUAUGAUCGCGUUUCAGAGUCACGGAGAAGCCCAUCAGGCGGUAGAUCAAAAGACUACGUGGGACGCCGCAGCGGUCGAGCAGACUACAGAAGCCCAGACCGACGCUACCGAGGCGCGGACUCUUACCGGCGACCCUAUCGCAAUCGGAGCCCGGAAUAUGAAAAGUACCGCCGCAGAAGUCCUUCGCCGGCGCGUUACGGCAGAGACUCGCGGGCCUACAGAAGUGGCCGCACUGCGCCUUGCCGGCGCAGCGGAAGCCGCUCGAUAAGACGUCCUCGUAGCAGGAGUGUAGAUUCCACGGCCAGGAAUGAGAAGUACCGGCGGAACGAUCCACCAGCCGCUCGCUUUGGAAGCAGGGCUUCGUACCUGCGGUCGAAAGAGGUUAAUCGAGCUCCAUCGCGGAGCCCUUCUCGCGGCGGUCGGUGUAGGAGUCCAGCGCGAGGGGAUCAGUCGGGGCGCCGAGAUGCGCGAUACCGGUCGAACUCCAGGGAUUGGUACCGCGAAAGGCGCGAAGGACAGAGAAGAAGCUACGUUUCCCCAGAACGAGAACCUUUGAAGGGAUCUGCAUCAAGCCGACAUGACAUUUCAUCCAGAGGAAGUGCACGCCGACCACGCGACACAGAUCGGUGCGCCACAAGAGAUCGCUCGAGAGAUCGAAGCGGGUCACACCACGGCAACGCCCGUCGGCAGUCACCUAGGGUGCCACAAGGACACAAAAGGGCUUCAUCUAGUGAACGCGCACGAUCACAUGGGAGGAACUCGAAGUGGUCUCGCAGUAGAAGCAGGUCAGGCAGUUGGGCCCGAAAGAACAGUGCGGCGACUGCUAGCGGGCGAUCACCAGUUGACCGAAGCAGGUCUUGUCGAAGGUCAGAAAGCCGCCGAACAGGAACAAAGGCAGCAGACGCAAGUCAGCGCCCUGAAAGCCCUCCUGAGGGAACUCCCCGACGCUCCCCAGUCAUCUCCAGACAAGAAGAGGAGCAAAAUCCGACUCGUCAGUCACCUGAGCAUGUUCACAAAGAUGAUGCGCGAUCUGCUGGCGACUACAGAAGGGUUGGGGGUUCUUCGAGGAGCUCGUUACAGUCACAGUGUCGAUCUCCUCUACCAUCGCGCAGCGCAUCAAGGGCGCGAACUCUGGCAGAGGCGAGCAAGCACUCAAGACGGUCUGAAGUGCAUUCCACUGGUGGAUCUCCUUGCCGAUCUGCUGACUGCCCGACCCCUGAUCUUGUCUCUUCGAGGCCGCGUAACGCUGAAGGCAAGGGAGCGGAUUCGGCUAGGCAUUCUGUAUCUCGCCAGGAAAAGCCGGCCUCUAAGGAACACGGCUCUCCAAAGCAUGUAGAAGACGCCGUGCCAGAAGAAAUAUCUACUACAAAAGAGCUGCAAGAAACGCCAAGGCAAAUAAAUGAGACCUGUCCGGGAUCGAGGCAAGCUGUAUCCGUUUCACGCUCUCCGUCAGCCCGCUCCCGGGUUCCUGACGUCGAGCGAGAUGAGCGCAAUGAGCGCCGGUCCAGCCCUCCAAGGACACCUCCAGCAUCCGAGCUUCCCGUUGCAGAGAAGUGUAGGCAGUCUUGUGAGGCAAAUGCGCUGCCUACAAACCAUGAUGUAACUGCCCAGAAGCGCGAUUCGCAGGCAGAAGAGCAGAUUCACGAGCAGAGUGAGUUGCCGGUUAAAGGGCAAGACGAUGCGCCAACAACGGACAUUCAACGCAGUCGUCCUUCUCCCCUACAGAGGCGUGAUGAGAGGCCAAGAAACGAAGGACACUCGAACGCGGAAGCUAGGCGCCCUAGCGGCGCGGUUUGCGAUAGGAACGUCGCAUCUGACGAUGUGUUUUUUCGGAGGAAGGGUGAAUCAGGAGAUGCCCAUGGAAGGGCGGCUUCGGGAGAUAAUCUGUACAGUACUAAAUUAAACAGGAGAGCUGCAAAACGCAGAAUCGUGACUGCCGAACCAGCAGCGUUUCCCGGCGUUGCAGAGAUGCAUGGAUCAUACCAAGAACUGUCCCCACGAAGAUACUGGAGAAAUCCGCGGUUUCCGCCGGAUAGGGAUGAUCGUUUUUUCCCCAGUAUUAACAGAGUUCAGCCUUUCGGCUAUAAUAGAUGGAACCGAUUAGAUGGAGAAGAGCACCAUGACUUUCCGCAGCCUCCGUUUCCUGGUCAGAUGGGCCGAUCUGUGAGGCUAGUAGCUCGACGGAACGAUAGAAACUUAUUAAUAUCUCCGCAACAGCGGGUCAGAUAUACCACGCCUGCCGAUUUCCAGCGCAUGCAACUUCACAAUGGCAUUUUUCAGCGUCCAAUUCAGCCAGGUCAACGUCAUUUGCACAGGACGCCGGUUCCUAUUCAAGCAGCUGCAUGGCGAAACCGCAAAACGGCUGGGAUUCUAGGGCGAACACCACAGGAGAGAAGGCACGCAGCAGCCGCAAGCAGUGCAGACGGGAAGUGGAGCCAUGAUCUUUUCGAACAGUUGUCGAACGAACCGGAGAAAAAACGACGCAGGUUCAACCUCUAUGGCGAAACACUGGAAAGGGUAGAUGAUUGA